AUGAAUCUGAAAAGUUUGUGCUUGCUAGUGGUCCUGUCCGCUACUGCCGGUACGGCUCAGCUUGUCCCUGGGUUCGAUGCCCCGCCUGUCGAACAUCGCCCAAAGUUUAGAUAUUGGCUUCCCGAUGCCGACGUUGACCAUGUCGUCUUGGCAGAUGAUGUACGUCAACUUAAAGAUGUCGGCGCCGGCGGGCUAGAAUUCGUCCCAUUCUACAACUACGGGUACGGCGGCCCUCAUCUGAAUCAGUCAGACGUCUACGCCUUUGGCAAACCUGCCUUUGUCGACGUCUUUCGAACUACGCUCAAGGCAGUCAAGGAAAAUGGCCUCAUCAUGGACUUUGCUCUCGGCGCCAGCCAGGGCCAGGGUGUCCCCUCGGAGCCGCUCACUCCGGGUCUCGCCGUUCAGUUGGUCUACGGCAAGACCAUCAUCAAGGGUGGGCAGCAGUUUCAAGGAGAGCUUCCCGCGGCGAACAUCGACUGGAACGAGGAGUUGGGUUUUGUGCAGGCCCAGGAAAAGUUUGGCGGAAACCUUCUUGUUGGUGUGUCGGCUGGUGCUGUAAAGUAUGCAAACCAGUCAGGCAGCUCUGUGGCCCUGGUCGAAGACUCCCUUGUUGACCUCUCGGCCAAUGUCACAAAUGGAAGGCUAACUUGGCAAGCUCCAACGGACCACGACGAGUACGUCUUGUUUGCCACCUAUGAGCGCUACACCAACCAGAGGUCAGCGGUGGGAAUUCCCUCCGAUGUCAUCGCCAAUGGCUCGUGGGUGACGGACCACUUUAGCGCAGCGGGAGCAAAGCUCGUGUCGCAAUUCUGGGAGCAGAACAUCCUGAACAGUGAAAUUCGCGAACUGCUCAAAAAUGUCGGGCAGCAUUCGUGGGAAGACAGUAUGGAAAUUCAGGCUUCUCUCUACUGGUCCUCGGACUUUGUUAAAAAGUUCAAGAAGGCAAGAGGCUAUGAUCCAGUCAAGUAUCUGCCCCUGAUGUUUGACAAGUCGACUUCGUUCAUGAGCCACGAAGCACCCUACAAUACCACAUAUUACCUGGAGGGUUCUGGGGAUCCCUCCCAGGCCAAAUACCUCCAGGACUACCGCCUGACCCUUAAUGAAGGCUACAUGGAGUAUCUUCAGGCGCUGGGGGAUUGGGCUCAGUCGCUCGGCCUAUCUCACUCCUGCCAGGUGGCUUACAAUAUCCCCGUGGACAUGCUCGCCGCCAUUCCCGUGGUCGCCGGGCCCGAGCUUGAAUCUCUUGCCUUUACCGACAUUGACGAAAUGCUUCAAUUCACUGGACCGGCGCACCUGGCACGACGAAACGUAAUCUCAACGGAAAUCGGUGCAGUCCAGUCGGGUGCAUAUAGCCAGUCGGUGCCGUCUCUGCUUCGGCUCUUCAACGAGGCAUUCGCAGGCGGAGUUAACCUCAUGGUGAUUCACGGUAUGCCAUAUGGCGGCGAGCAGCCCGAGACGACGUGGCCGGGAUACACACCAUUCCAGUACGUCUACUCGGAGAUUUGGGGUCCGAAACAGCCGGCCUGGAAGUACAUGCCCGAGAUGAUGAACUACACGGCCAGGAACCAACACAUCCUGCAACUGGGGGUGGCCAAGAGGGAUUUGGCCUUUUACAUGUACAAAGACCCAUACUUGACCACGGUCUCUCACAAUGGCACGGAUCUACGGGCAAAUGGCUUUUCCUAUGAAUACCUUUCACCAGCCAACUUUGCCAGUGAAAAUGCCACAGUUCAGGGAGACUUACUCGACCCAACCGGUUCAGGAUACCGAGCUCUCAUCCUCGACCAACAAGAGUUCAUCUCCCCCGAGGCGUCCACAAAACUAGUCGAAUUCGCAAAGGCGGGUCUGCCCAUUGUCGUUAUCGGAUCCCUUCCAAACACCACCAUCGGAGCCGUCGGUCAAGAUAUCGUAACAAGGGCCAUCGCAGAAGUCCAGUCGGCGGGACAUGCCAACCUCAAAUUCAUCGACUCGCCCGGCUCUCUGGUUCAAGCGCUGCAAGAACUGUCAGUCAAGCCUCGAGUCCAGACGUCUCCUACAAGCUCCACCCAGACCUUGCACACGACUUGGAGAGCAGACGGGGCUUCCAACUACGUGUUUCUCUAUAACAAUGGACCCGCAGCAGCCUUCAACGUCAGCGUCGAGGCGAGCAACGACCUUGUACCCAGCAAGCUCGACGCCUGGACCGGCACCCAAGAACCCGUCGCUAUAUAUGGAAGGUCUGAGGGCAGGGUAAGUCUGAGCGUGUCGCUGCAGCAAGGCCAGACUACCAUUCUCGCUUUUGCUCCCGCAGCCGAGCCUCGAGACCACGUCACAAUAAGUUCGGAAAACGUCGCCGAGGCGUUUUACAGCCCGGACGGGAAGAUAUCUGUCGCCGUGUCCGACGGCGCUGCUGGAUCCGUCACCCUGUCCAACGGUGGCACGCACCAGAUAUCGGCCCUCACGAACGGCACCAACGCAACUCUACCUUCAUUUGAAGUAGGACCCUGGAACCUGACGCUCGAGUCGUGGGUCCCAGGUCCCGACGCUGCAAGCUCGGCCUCCGACAAGCAAUUACUCAACCUCGGCUCGCAAGACACUCUGGUUCCAUGGUCACGGAUCCCGGCGGCGCAGAACGUCUCUGGCGUCGGCAUCUACACGGCCACUUUCACACAGCCAGAGAUCCGCCAGCUGUCUAGCGAUGAGGUCAUGACCGUGAUCGACUUUGGCCCGGUCCUCAACACCAUGAGGGCCUGGGUCAACGACAAGCAGCUGCCGGCGGUGGACGUGUCUGCAGCCCGUGUCGACAUCUCGCAGUACGUCGUCGCUGGCCAAAACUCGAUCCGGGUCGAGGUCGCGUCGACGCUGUUCAACGCGGUCAAGGCGAGGGUUGACAGCGUCAAGAACUUUGGUCAGGGGCCGAAUGUGCCUCAAUUCUAUACGACCGUGGACUGGCAGGAGCAUGGCUUGGUUGGUCCGGUGCGGCUGACAACGCUACGCAAGAUCAGUUUUUAAAAGGUCUUGGCGGUGGCAGACCACAGCGCCGGUAAUAUCUAGGUAACAUCACUGGGAUUCCACUUUGACUGAAAAGGUUCAGGCAGGAUACUGUCCACAGCUAGCGCUAUAGAGCAU